GCAAGGCUCUGCAACGUCAGGGCAUCAGGUCCGCCGUGAGCGGCUAGGGAACAGCUUGUGCGUCUGCGGCGGCCACCAGGAUGCAGAUCCGGCGGGAACCGAGGAGCGGAAGUGGCGCGAUCAGAUGUAUGGGCUCGCUGCUUGUCUCUGGCCACAAACACACAAGGGAAGCAGAGGAGAAGACGGGAGGGCUCAGAACCUCACCGCGGCGGUCCAGACCGCAGUUCCGGCUUAAAGCCCCCAGAUCAGUAGGAGCAGAAGCGAUGACCCGGCGCUGUUGGCUUUUCACACUUUCUCCAAACCGCGGGAGCUCAGAUGACAGCGGGGUGACCACGGCCACGCUCAGGAUGCGUCCAGGGUCUCAUCAGCUUCCCUGCAGCUCAGCAGGGCCCAUUCUUAUUCUCAUUCUGCAGAAGAGGAAACUGAGUCUCAGGUUAGUGCGAGGCCCGUGUUCCAGACGGCAGCUCCGGGGACCCGAGUCUAAGUGCCCAGUCCUCCUCCCCGAUUUCGUGUGUGCGUGUUACAGGGGAUUGAUCCCCUGCCCUUUAUUUUCGAGACAGGUCUCCCCAGGUCGCUCAGCGACUGUACUGGGCGUCGUUGUGCUGCCUCAGCCUCUGCAGCAGGGCUCUCCAGGCCCAGGGAAAAAGGCUGGUAGGAGGAGGAGGCACAUGGCGGCGUUGAUUAGGGGACGGGCGAUAAGUGAACGCCAUGCUGUGGCGACGGUCAGCCAGGGAAGAAGCUGUGCCAGCUUAGCGCAGGACCGCUCCCCAUCAACAAUCGCUGGGGAGGGAACCGGGCGCGGACCAGGUCUGCACGCGGCCAGGAGCUCGCCGCAGUCACCGCCGACUCCUUUCCCGCGCGGCGGCGGAUAG